CCUAUAACUUUGACCUCAAACAAAGUACCUUUUUUCCCGCUUCAUCCCUCGAUAUAAUAUAAAACCAAACCAUUUCCUACCCCAUUCAACAAAUUCAUCUGAAACCCCCCAAGUUUCCAGUACACAAGUUAGAUUGGUGUCCAACCCGACAUGGAGAUGAACAUAGAUUCCAGUCUUGAAUUCAAAGGUGUCAAGGAUGGUCAUGAAGAUGAUCUAUAUGCUGAAAUUAGGAGGCAGAUUUUGCUUUUGACAGCAGACGAUGAUGAAGAUCUUCCCGAAAAUAAUCCCAAGUCUUUUGGUGCUGCCAAGCGAAGCUCAAACAGCUUUAAGGCUCGCUGUAUCACUGGUUUACAAAGCGGUAGCUAUUUUAAUUGGUGGGAGGAUGAGAAUACUAAUUCAGUACCGGCGUGGCUUGCAAGCUUGUGGAGGAAUGGAAAUGGAACAGGAGUUUUCAUCCCUCAGGUAGUCAAAUCCAGAAGAUAUUAUAAUCUAGCAGGAAGAAUGAAUAAUGAGAGAAGAAGAAUAUACAAGCGGGUGGAGAACCAGUUCUCAUGAAUAUACAAAUGCCUCUUCAGAAGUCGAAGAACCCAGAAAUCUUCCUCUGUAUUGAAGUGAUAUACAAGCCAUAAUGAUAGGAUGGAUUGCACAAAGCUACAUAGCUACAUAGGAUCUGAAAACACAGUUCAGUAAUGAUUGUAUAUAUACAGUAUACUGAGAUGUCAACUGCUGUAACAGUCAAUGAUCAAGAUGCAUGUCCUUAAGACAGCAUAUAA